AUGGUAAAAAAGGCUAGUAAGAAUAAAGAAGCAAAGAAGGCUCGUGCUGAAGCUAAGAAUAAAAAGUCACAGCUCAAAGCUGAACAGAAGGAUAAAAAAAGAGCUAAGAAACUAGAUACAGAAGAUGAUGAUGAUAUGGAUAUUGAAGAGGUUUUGGAAAACUUUAAGAAACAACAAGACGCUUUUCAAGCGGUUAGUAUUGAGGUUAUUGAAAGACCAACAAAGAGGAGUAAUGCGUCUAUAAUCGCUAACCCCUUACAUGGAUCAAAGGAGUUGCUGGUUUUCUUUGGUGAAUAUACUAGUGAAACUGGAGUUGCAAGUUUCUUUAACGAUUUAAACGUCUAUUCUAUAGAUUCCAAUCAAUGGAAAAGGAUUACUUCACAGAACUCACCUAUGCCACGGUCAUCUGCAGCAAUUGCUGCUCAUCCAAGUGGCGUUAUUUUAAUACACGGAGGUGAAUUUUCCUCCCCUAAGCAAAACACUUUUUAUCAUUAUUCGGAUUCGUGGUUGUUUGACUGCGCUACAAAUGAGUGGACUAAAGUGGAACAGAAAAAUGGCCCAAGUGCUCGAUCUGGGCAUAGAAUAGCUGUGUGGAAAAACUAUUUUAUUUUGCAUGGUGGGUUUAGAGAUUUAGGAACCUCAACAACCUAUCUCAACGAUUGUUGGCUAUUUGAUAUCACAACAUACAAGUGGAAACAACUUGAAUUCCCUCCUAACCACCCUAUUCCAGACGCUCGCUCCGGUCAUUCUUUGAUUCCAGCACCAGAUGGCGUUAUUUUAUGGGGUGGUUACUGCAAGGUUAAAGCGGGAAAAGGGCUUCAAAAAGGCAAGGUUCUAUCAGACUGUUGGUACCUUAAGAUGAAGACCGACUUAAGCGCUGUGAGAUGGGAAAGACGUAAAAAACAGGGAUUUCAGCCAUCACCUCGUGUAGGAUGUUCCAUGGUCUACCAUAAGGGUAGAGGUUUGCUUUUUGGGGGUGUUUAUGAUUUCGAAGAAACCGAGGAGAGUUUAGAGUCUAUAUUUUACAAUGAUUUAUUCACUUACCAAAUUGAAACGAACAGAUGGUACUCGAUGAGUUUAAGACCACAACGUCAAUCUAGGACCAAACCUAUUUCGAAGAGUAGUCAGGAUAAGGAUAAGGAAUUAGAAGAGAUGCUAAACGCAAUACUAAAAAAAGCAAAUCUUGCAGAUGAAGAUGAUGAGGAUUCAGAACAAAUUGAAAACGAACUAAAAACGGUUGAUGUUAAUGAACAAAACCAUAUUGGCGAAGUAGAUCAUCUAGUUAACAAUUUCUCAUUUUCAACUAACUUACCACAUCCAAGAUUCAAUGCAUCUACUGCGGUUGUAGGCGAUAUCCUCUUUAUUCUCGGUGGUAUAUGGGAACAAGGUGAAAAAGAUUAUCUAAUUGACUCAUUUUAUAGCAUUGACAUGAAUAGGGUAGAUGGCGUUCAAGUUUAUUGGGAGGAUUUAGCUGCUGUUAAUAGAGCUAAAGAACUAGGUGAACUAGAUGACGAAAAAGAUGACGAAGAUGAGUAUGAUGAUGGUGACGAAGAUGAAGACGAUGAAGAGCUUAUAGACGAUCAGAAACUUGUCGCUGAGAAAGACGAGGAGGAAGAAGAAGAAGAAGAAGAUAAUCUAUCUUUGACUGAGGGAGAGAUACUUGAUCCACGGCCAUGGUUGCCUCAUCCUAAGGCAUUUGAAACAUUGCGCGCCUUUUAUGUCCGUACCGGUCCUAAAUUCCUAGAAUGGGCAAUCACUAAUAACCAUAACGUAAGAGGCGAUGCUAAAGGAAAACAUCUCAAGAAGCAUUCCUUUGAUUUAUGUCAAGAACGGUGGUGGGAAAGACGAGAACAGAUACGUUUUGAAGAAGAUCAAUUGGAAGAACUUGGUGGUAUCGAUGAGAUCAUAGAAAAAGAUUCUUCUAAGGUAACUAAAAGAAGGUGA